AUGUCCGCCCCGAGCUCAGACUCGUCCUACAUCAUCCCGAGCCCCGUGGCCCGCGACGCCGCCGACGCCGACGACGCCGCCGACGACGCCGACGAGCUCGACUCGCUGCCCUCCAUCUCGACGGGGGUCCUGGACGAGGACGACUCGAGCUCCGACGGCGGGCGGUCCGUCGACUCGGACGCCCAGCGCGAGUGGGAGGCCAGCCUGGAGCAGCUGCAGCUGCUGCUGACCAUGGUGCUCAUCCCCUUUGCCGGCAAGUACUUUGGCCGCAAGUUUGCCUACUGGAUUCUGCCAAAUACACAUAAAGACACAGUCCCUCCCGCCCAAGGUCUCCCGCCCACUCCCAUUACCGCCCAAGAAAACCUCAUUGCUCGUGAUAUCAAAAUGGUCGCCACACCCACACAAGCCCCGCGCCUUGACCCAGACUGGGGCAUUGUGUGGCCCGCUAGAGCGGACGGAGCCGCCGGAGCGGCGCCAGCCGAGGGUGGUGAAGAGCAGGCUGCCGGCGAAGCAGGCGAAGAGGAACCAAAUGAAGGCGGUGCUGGCCUGGAUCUCGCGGCAGCGCUUCUCGUUGUCGGGGGAGCCGAAGCCGAUCCAGCCGGCGCCGAGGCGCUUGGGGUCGAGGUCGCCGCCGCAGUUGGUGGCCUUGAGCUUGGCGGCGAGCACGAUGCCGCCGAUGAGGUUGAAGAGCGUGGCGAGGCCGUCGAGGGCCAGCAGCGCGAGGGCGACGGCGGCGGCCUCGACGAAGCCGGCGACGAGGCCGUAGAUGGCGGCGAUCCACGACAGCACGGCGACGAACAUGGCGAAGUUGAUGGCCGACAUGGGCCCGUUGACGUUGGAGGCGAUGACGUUGCCGAUCAGCGCCGUGAUGAGCAGCGUCCAGAGCAGCUGGAGCACGCGGAGGAUGACGGUGAUGAGGCCCUCCAUUGUGUCUUGUUUCUAGUGGUCUCGUGUGUAUUCGAUGGGAGUGGAUGGAGCGAGGCUGGAUUUUGGUUUGAUUGGGGAAGCGCGGCGCACGUUUCGCAGUCGCGAAGAGAAUGUGUUGAUGAGUUUUAA